AUGUCACAAGAAAAGGGAGGAUUACUUGACCAAAUCUUACUCGAAGAUAUAGCCCGUCAUUGUCCCCAUCAGUUCCUUGCAUUUCAUCAAUGUAUGACCCUUCCAGAACCUGAUCCCCAGCAAUGUUCAAAACAACAAGCUGAUUUGGCAAUAUGUAUAAAGACAGUAGUACCCUCGUUUCAGAAGAUACAAGGUGAAUGUGCUGGGAAACUUCAGGCGUAUGAAGCUUGUUUGAAGAUAAAUAAUAGUAAUACAAAGAUGUGUACUCAAGAUCUACAAUUAUUACGAAAUUGUGCAUUUGGAACUUUGGAUAAUUAG